CAACGACUCGCGGGGCUCGGGUUCUGUGAACGCCAACAUCCCGCACCAGCCCCCGGCGCGUCCCGUCCCAUGGCGUCCCUCCGGCUCGUGGCGGCGCUAGCGCCCUCUCCUUCUCCUCCGCCGCCGCCACCUCGACGUGACCCGCGGAGACCGCCGCCGUCCGCGGUCCGCCUGAAGAGCGGCGUGGCCCUGGCGGCGGCGGCGGCUGCUGCUGCUGCCGUGGCCGCCGCCGCCUCGCCACCGGCGCUCGCCGCGCUGUCCGAGCCGGCGAACGCGCUCUCACUGCCCACCUGGGCCGUCCACGUCUCCAGCGUCGCCGAGUGGGUGACGGCGAUGUGGCUUGUUUGGGACUACGGGGAGAGGACGGGGAUCAAGGGCUGGAAGGGCCUCUCUUGGGGGAUGGUACCACUUCUUGGUGGAGCGAUGUGCGCCUGCACAUGGCAUUUCUUCUACAAUUCAGAGUCUCUUGAAGUCCUUGUUGCUCUCCAAGGUGCUCUGACGGUGAUUGGUAACUUAACAAUGUGUAUUGCUGCAUACCGCAUCUUCAAAGCGUCCCAGGAAGGCUCUAAAACUUCAUAGGCUGCAAGAUUGUAUGUUAUAACUGGUUCACAAGGGAGGUCAAGCGUCGGAAUGAAAUCUCCACUCAGCGAAGAUAUGGGUCGAAUGAGUGGACGCAGGACCGGGAAGCUGGGACACGCGCCGCGCAUCGGGAGCGUCUCAGACGGCAUCGGACGGCCUGGAUCAAGAGCACAGGUGUCGCUGAUCUUGAGGUGUCGAGUGCAAAUUGUUGUGUACCUUGUGUGGGUAAUGAGUGCAACUUUUGGCCAAAGCUGGAGGCAGUGGCCCAAAGUGUCUUCCCUUCUCCAAGUUUUUUUCUCGAGAGAUUCUCGCUCCCAUGAUGGUCUGUGACGGGGAUGAAUGGCUGCU